CUCUGAAGCAUUGUGAGACCAGUCAGUCAAGGUUGAGCCACUAAAAUCUGGGCCACCCUAGAUUGGGUAUGGGGAACCUUUGGCCCUCCAGAUGCUGCUGAACUACAAUGCCCAAACACAAGUGAGUGAGAAGAUUAGUGAUUUUAUUCUAAACACCAAGCAAUAUAUACAUUACCAAGCAACACUUCAAUCUGCCACUGGGAAGCCCUCAAGAAGUGGUGAAGUGACUCCCCCAGGUAGUCUCAAUUUUUCAACAGCCCCACGGCCAACAGUCUGUGCACGAGGUUCUCAGCACUCUGCCCAAAAAACAUCUGAUAUAUAGAUUAGUGAUAGCUAGCCUGUAUGGCUUGCCCAACUGCCUAUGUGCAGGUCAUUCAUUAAUCACCCUCUUCCCAAUGCUUCUACAUCAAAGAAGGUCAGAAAGUACCCAUCACUAUUGCAUCUUCCUUCCAGCAGAUUAUACAUUAAAGGCUGCUCUCAGCCAUCAAAGAACUUUAACAAGAGAUAGAGAGGGGAAGUAAACAGAGGCAGGAAGAGAUGACCAUGCUAGAUCAACUAACUCCUUGAAAUUACAAUUAUUUUCCAGAAAGAUUGCCCAUACACCAUCAUCCCUGGCCAUUGGCCAUACAUGCUGGAGCUGAUGUCGAGUUGUAGUUCAACAUUUGGAGGGCCAGAGUUUCCUCACUCAUGUCCUCACUCAUGUCUCUCUGUUAGCCGAUUCCCAGAUCCCUCUUUGUCCCAGCGCACUCCAACCCUUCUCACCUCCUCCCUUUGCCUCCUUUUCAUCUCCCUUUAAACGAAACAAGGGAGUGGCAAGCGAGAAGCCUGGUCAGGCGGCUAUAAAACAGGGCAAGUGGAAAGGCUACAGAGGUUGGAUCAAAUAAGUUUCUGUUAAAUGCAUUGCAAACUUUGUAUGGGAAAUCGGGUUAGCAAAAAUGGAACUACACAGCGCCAUCUUGUCACAGCAUUAGAAUGCAUAAACAAUGCAUAUACUGUUACGUGCUUUUUCUUUGCCAAUAUAGCUGAGUCCAGAGUCUAGCACAGUGAUGGCCAAACUUUUCCCUCCAGCUGUUUUGGGACUACAUCAUCCCUGACCACUGGUCUUGUUAGCUAGGGAUGAUGGGAGUUGUAGUUCCAAAACAGCUGGAGGGCCAAGUUCGGCCAUCACUGGUCUAGCAGCACAAAGAGCCAUUGUGAGGUCACAGGGGUUCCACAAUGCCGUCAGCAGGCAGAGGUGCCCAAGCAGGCAGGUAAACAGGCAAGGAGAGCAUCCUGGCCAUGUGCACCUGUAUCCAUGAAUAGCCCCCAUGCCUAUGGCGCCGGGAGGCAGGGGAUGAAGGUCGCAGAGCCCAAAGGUCUUGUGUCUCAGCUCCUUGGGAGCUGGUUACAAGCCAUCCGGUAAGUUAUAAUGCCAGAAACUCAGAGUCAACCUCUGAAACUGGGAGACAAAAAAGGUACUUUUAUUUUUACUCAUUGUGCUAUUAACUUAUGGAACUCAGUGCUACAAGAUGUGUUGGCGGCGCCUGGUGGCCACCAUCUGCAAUGGCUUCAAAAGAGGGGUUAGAGAUAUUAAUGGAAGAUAUGGCUUUACCAUAAGAGCAUAAGGAAAGCCUGCUGGAUCAGGCCAAAGGACCAUGUGGUCCAGCAUCCCAUUCUCACUGUGGCCAACUGGGAAGCCUGCAAGCAGAUGUCCAGGGUAUUUGAGCCACCAUCUUCAGAUGCAAUGUGCCUUCAACCACCAGUUACUGCUCUAAUGACAGGACUCUUGAAAGCGUCUGGCUGGCGACUGUGGGUUACAUAUAGACCUUUGGUCCAAACUUGCAGGGCUCUUUUUAUGUUCCUAUGCUGCCACUUCAAAACUUGCUCUCUGUCGUCUAGCUUCUCUCAUUCAUGAAUUGCUCCUACCAGCUUCCACAUAGCUCCUUAUCCCUGUCUGUGAUGAUCAGAGCUAACCAAACGCUUAUGCCCCACAGAGAGACCAUUGCAAUCCUGUUGGAGUUUGCAGAAGAUCAGACCCAAUGGUUACUUCAAACGGCUGCCAGUUACCGUGUCCUGAAGGCCCUGUUCCCAUGUCUGGAAUCCUUUGCAAGGUCAGAGCUUCUGCCAGGAAGAAAAUGGGGGGGGGGGGAGAGAUGGGGAAUCACAGCUGUGAUUAUAUGGAUGGUGUUCAUAUGGCAGGACACAAAGAGGAGACACUGAGCAAAUCCUAAGUCACUUUUGAUACAGUUCCAAUAAUUUCAGCUUAAUUAUUUUAAAAUAGGUGUCUAGUCCUUGGUGAGGCAGGAAGGACAUUUAGAAUGUGUUUCAGCAAAAAAACAAAACACAGGAGGGCACAAAAUAAGGAGUCUAGUAUAAAGAAACUCAACUUCAUGGCAGUUUCUUCGGUUCCUAUCAAGGUACAUGACAAAUCAAAGUACAGAAAAUAAAUAUACAGUCGUACCUUGGAUCUCGAACGCCUUGUCUCCUGAAAUCGGCUCCCGAACGAUCAAACCCCAGAAGUGAGAGUUCCAGUUUUCGAACGAUUUUCAGAAGCCGAACGUCCGGCGCAGCUUCCUAUUGGCUGCAGGAGCUUCCUGCAGCCAAUCAGAAGCCGCGCUUUCAUUUCCGAACAUUUAGGAAGUCCAAUGGACUUCCAGAACAGAUUCCGUUCGACUUCCAAGGUACAACUGUAUAAGGAAUUUUCAAACCUUACUGACUGAAAUUUGGUUGCACAUCUUAUGAUUUCUAUUUUCCUUUAUAUAUCACAAAAUCCCCUCUUGUGGAUGCAGUUUGAUUUGUGAACUUUAGAGGCAGAAGAAAGUUGUCAAGCACCUCCCACACAACUUUACCAUUUGAGAAAAUAUUUAAAUGUCACAACAUUUCAGUCUGGAGAAUGGGCUAGCCAGUUCAAAUUUGCAUGAUGUUUCAGUUCUUCAUUUUGUACUACAAUGGUACCUCGGAUUAAGUACUUAAGUAGUUCUGGAGGUCUGUUCUUAACCUGAAACUGUUCUUAACCUGAAGCACCACUUUAGCUAAUGGGGCUUCCCGCUGCUGCUGCACGAUUUCUGUUCUCAUCCUGAAGCAAAGUUCUUAACCUGAGGUACUAUUUCUGGGUUAGGGGAGUCUGUAACCUGACGUGUAUGUAACCUGAAGCGUAUGUAACCCGAGGUACCACUAUACAGCUAAGUUCAUCCUAAGGGCCAGCAGAUCGCCUACAGAAAUGAAGUCUAAAAAAAUCUGACAUGUUCUACUUUUCCUUUCCUGGUCUCAAGAAGCCAACACAUAAGUUCUGCUGAGCUCACGACAAGCCCCAGCAAGAACCAAGAAGAGAUAGCAGGCAGUAGCCAGAAAGAUCCCACUAAGAACCACCGGGACGAAGAUGGCGCGGCAUUUCCCUCCCGCUCUGCAAGAGAGAACACAUCUCUGCCCUCUCAGUCAAUCUACACCUUAUUUGACAAAGAUGGGCGGCUGGAUGUCUUCCGCAUGCGCAAGCUGGUCUACGAGAGAGGUAGCCCCACCAUCUACACUGUGGAGAUGCUGGUGGCGGCAGGGAGGGAGAAGCCUGUUUCUGGCAUCCUUUAGCCCCAGGGGUCACGGGUGGCGCUGUGGUCUAAACCACAAAGCCUCUUUGGCUUGCCAAUCAGAAGGUUGGCGGUUCGAAUCCCCACGAUGGGGUGAGCUCCCGUUGCACAGUCCCAGCUCCUGCCAACCUAGCAAUUUGAAAGCACGCCAAAAAUGCAAGUAGAUAAAUAGGUACCGCUCCAGCAGGAAGGUAAACGGCAUUUCUGUGCGCUGCUCUGGUUUUGCCAGAAGCGGCUUAGUCAUGCUGGCCACAUGACCCAGAAGCUGUACGCCGGCUCCCUCGGCCAAUAAAGCGAGAUGAGCGCUGCAACCCUAGAGUCAUUGCGACUAGACUUAACUGCCAGGGGUCCUUUACCUUUACCUUUUUAGUCCAGGGGUGAGGAACCUUUUUCAGUCCCAAACCACAUUUUCUUCAAACACAGUGGAGAAUUUUGGGAGGUCAUUUGUUCACAGCACAGGACCACACAGAGAAUGUGGUGAAAGGACACUAAAUUCAGUUUCCCGGGUGUUUGAUUAGUACUAAAGCCCUGAAUUUUUGUGUGGGAAGUGGAGAAGAAAGCAGUUUUGAGCUGAAAAGCAGUAGCGGGGAGGGAUGCUUAACCCUUUCCCCCAGCGACGUUUUUCUGUGCUUCCCGCAAAGUUGCAUCCUCUUCCUUCUCGGGUUUAGACACGUGCUUGCAAGAUUAACCCCAACUCCGAUUCCGCCCCACCACUACUGCAGUGCUAUCCAUCAGGCAUCUCAACUGGAUGGGGACCCGUUUAAAACUGUGGUUUGGUGUUACUACACUGGGAGGGGUGGUCAAUGUAGGGUAAUGUGUGUCUUUUCUUAGGCACACAUCCCAGUGAGAGAAAGAUCACCUGGAAGUUUCUUUUUGGGGUGUACCCGGAGAAAUCCACAACUGAAGAGAGGAAGGAGCUGGACCAGCAAAUGUCCUCUCAGUAUCGGUGGAUGAAGCGCUCGUGGAAACAGCGCUUCCCCUGGGCUGCCGUAAUGAGGGUUCAUUCCGACUGUAAGUACAACCAAUGCCUGAUGGCUUUGUAUCCUGCUACAUCCCUCCCACUGGGUGGAGCAACAGGGCUCCACCUCUUAAAGGGACCACACCUGGCAAAUGAUGCGUUGUUUACUAUUCACUUACUCCUAUAGUGGAGCUUUCCUUGGCGAUCCAGAGACAUGACGAACAAUGGAGGGAAGCUGAAACAGCCAGUCCUCCUACAGAUAUCUUUGAUGAGGUGAGAUAUGAAAUAGAAAAUUACUUUCUUGAAGUGGAUAUUAAUUAAUGAUGUUGAGGCAGGUAGGGUAAUGAGCUGGUGAGCAAGGCGUAGUUUAACUCAGGCUCGGCAAAGCUUAGUCCUAAAAUUUGUUUUCAGUGCAUUCCUGUUUAGGGAAGCUUUUAAUGUUUAACAGACCACUGUAUUUUAAUAUUUUGUUGGAAGCCGAUCAGAGUGGCUAGGGAAACCCAGCCAGGUGGGCGGGGUAUAAAUAAUAAUUUAUAUAUAUAUUAUUAUUAUUAUUAUGACACAACCCUGGGAAGACUGCUUCUUUUUUUAAAAAAAAGUGUCAUGCUUUAAGCACAUGCAAGGUGAAGAUUUUCCAGUUACCACAAAGUGACUCUUAACCAGCCAGAGGACACAUAGAGUUAGUGUUUCCCAAACUUAGGUCUCCAGCUGUUUUCAGACUACAAUCCCCAUCAUCCUUAGCUAGCAAGCCCAGUGAUGAUGGGAACUGCAGUCCAAAAACAGCUGAAGACCCGAGUUUGAGAAACACUGAGUUAGAGGCUUCCACAUCAGAGGACAUUUCUUCCAAGUGGUGUUGAGGCCCAACGUCCCUCCCUCCCUCCUUUUUUUAAAAGGAAAUUGUAAUGACUUGGAAAUCUCUGCCUUUUAACUCUCAGCAAAGGGUGGUGUAAAAAAAACCACUCCUUGCACAUUCGAAGCCAGCACAUCAGAGAAAAGACUUACCCCCAAUCUUCUCCCAGACAUUGUAAUUCUUAUAUUCUUUGUGGAGAAAAACAUUUAAACGCCUGGCUGCAGUCUGAAAUGGUGCAGCCCAGCAAUGGGUGCUACAUGUGGUGUUCCCCGUGCAUGUUUUUAACUCUUAGGACCAAACCAAAUGACAAGACAGUGUAAGAUCCACAGAGUGGAUGUCCUGCAGGAUUGGUUUUUGUUAGCUAAAGGCAGCUGUAGGGAGAGGUGAACCACUUCAGAGCCAUGACACUGGGGGAGGAGUGGAGUUGUGUGUGUUUUUGUCCCUUUACACUCUGUAUGUUUCCCACAUCUGAAAAAUGGUGGCGGGUGGAAGGGUGGCAGUUAGAUCAGGAAAACAACAGCAGAAGGAGGAAUUAAGCCCCACCUUGGCCCAGAGUUCUAGUCCCAAUCCACCCUCACUCUGCAUGGCUGCUUUUCACUUUCAAGGAAAUGGAUCUUGACUCUUGAGAAGGGAUUUGAUGGAAGGAAGAGAGUCAUGUCAGGGAUCUCCUGAUGUCUUAUCCUCCUAUUUUACAAUGGUCAUAGAGUAUAGGGCUCCAUCUUGAGAAGGUUUUCAGAAGCAUCUACUGGCCACAGAAUCCUGGACCAGGCUGGCUCUUGGCCUAAUCCAGCACACAAUUACUCCAUUCCCAGACAUGGGGUGGAACUGAGAACUCACGAAAUAUGCUUCCAAGCGUCAGUGUGCUAACUAGCCCUUCCUUAAUGUUAAGUUGUGGGUGAACAUAUCAGACGACACAGCGAUUCUUCAAACAGCUCUUGUUUAUUCACAGGCCAGAACAGAACUGAAUUGAAGGGUUCAGUCAGCCUGCUUAUAUAGAGCUCCAGUACAACGUAACUGUAACAAUUUUCUAAAACUAUCCAAUCACUGAACGUCACUUUCGAUCCCUUAUUUGCAUAACUAUCUACAGUAUCCCCCUGCUGGCCCAGGGUGAGAACUUCAGUAUAUAACACCUAACGUCUCCCAUUCUAACAUCAAUGCAAUUCUGUCUUUCGUCAGCAUAGCCUGCCCUUCUCGCACAUUAACGAGCAACAGUUCCAAAAGGCGCUUCAAGACAUUGAUGCCGACGUACCCCAGACGGACAGACACCGGACAUUCUUCCAGUGAGAAGUUGGCCCUCCCCAGCCGAGGCAAAACAAAAAGUUGGGACUUCCAGCAAAUUUUGAAAAUUCAGAUUCUGAAAAUUCAAAGGGGGGAUUUCCUGAAUGAUGUACAGGCCUGUGUAAACUAUGACCACUGCUUCCCCCACAAGCUGGAAUCAGCUCGCCAGGUCCUGUCUUCACACAUACACACAUCCAUUUUUGCAAACCCAGGCAGGCAGGAAUCAAACCCACUGGAGGGUUGCUGCUCAUACCUGGCAGUUUUCAUUUAGUUUGGUAGGCAUUGUGCAGGUCUGAAGUCAAAUAUUGUAAUAUCCCAACAGAUUAUACCCAAACAUGGACAAGUCUGCCCUCUCCUUCAGGAAGAAGUUCACAGAACAUUUCUUCCUGGGAAUAUUUGGCUUGUAACAGCAGAGGAAUUUGACAUAUAGGACUUUUCCAAAACUCAGAUCACAUUACUAAGCUGUCAGCAUUCGUCAAAAGCUGGAAUAUGCCCUGCCCCCCACAAUCUGGGGGGGGGGAGAGGGGGAACCCCACACCUCAAAAUGAAAACUUUAGGCCAAGAAACAUGUGAUACAGGAGACGGGUGAUCAUAUCUCCUUUUCAUUAUUCGUUUUAGCUUAAAAGCAGUUCUGAUUUUGCUCAGAGAGCAAUGGCGCUGGUGGAAGGAAUGUUUAAACCUUCCCACUCCUGUGAUGUUUUGCUGGUCUAAAUCUACCAUGACACUGCUGUUAGCACCAGUGGGUGGGUGGGAUUUAGAUCAGGAAAGGAGGGCAGGGCAAAGGGUUAAGGAUUCCCUAAUCUAGCAUCACUCCUCCAGGCAAACUAGAAUCCCCUCACACACAGAGAGAGAACUGUUUCGAAGGGUGUUUUUUUAAAAAAUUAUUAUUAUAAUUUUAAGUUGAAAUAUCCAAUCAGAAAUUGUCACUCCUCUUUUGGGCCUGAGAUAAUCAGGUUUCAGGUUAUCCCCACGCAGAACCUGCUACACCUACGUAUAUACCUGUUACACAAAUUGCCCUAUACGAGCAGACUUGCCAGUCCUUUUGUAGUACCUACUGUUAGAUUCCUCCCUGCUUCCCAUUAUCACACAUCCAGCCCUUUCCAGUUACAUUCUUCUCCUGCCCUCUCUGGUCCUGAAUAUCUUCUUUUGUAAUUCCUGUACUACAGCAGAGCUUUGAGGCAGCUAUUGGGGAAUACUCUCUAUCCUCCAAACCUCUAUCGUUUAUAUACAGGUUUUAACGUAGCCUCUCCCAAAGAAUGCUGGGGAUUGUAGUUUGGUUAGUGUUGAGAAUUUUCCCUUGGAAAUCCCUAUUCUCACCGCUACUGUCCACCAAGCCUCCUUGAAGAGCAGGAAUAGUCGUUGACAGUGUCGAUACAUCCAGUAGUGCGGCAGGAGAGCUGAAAAUAAGGCCAAUAUAUUUCACCUCUGGUUUCAGACACUUUGGUCGGAACAAAGUAUACACUUCCAGAAUGAGGUCCUGUUGCUCGGUCCCUGCUCCUGCCAACCUAGCAACAUCAAAGUGCAAGUAGAUAAAUAGGUACCACUCUGGCGGGAAGGUAAACGGCAUUUCUGUGCACUGCUCUGGUUCGUCAGAAGCGGCUUAGUCAUGCUGGCCACAUGACCUGGAAGCUGUACGCCGGCUCCCUUGGCCAGUAAAGCGAGAUGAGUGCUGCAACCCCAGAGUCAGCCGCGACUGGACCUAACGGUCAGGGGUCCCUUUACCUUUACCUUAUUUCUGGUAAAUGAGCCAACCAAACUGCUAGAGCAGGCAUAAGAAAACUCAACCCUCCAGAUGUUUUGAAACUACAAUUCUUAUCAUCCCUGACCACUGGUCCUGUUAGCUAGGGAUGAUGGGAGUUGUAGUCCCAAAACAUCUGGAGGGCCAAGUUUGCCUAUGCCUGCCCUAGAGAGUUGUGAACAUUUGUGUCCUGGGCUACCCAUGUAUUAUCUGAAACCAAAGGGGUGCAUUGGUUGCCAGAUGUGAUUUCCCUCCCCAGCUCUCCUACCCCACUAUUGAAUCAACUUUAAUUCUAGGGCUGUGACUGGGAACAUGUGGAGGAAUAGCGGGGGGGGCGGCUCCUCUGAGUAUGUGCCAAGUGCCUUUCCCUUGCCAGUGAAUAAUCCCAGCUAAUGGAUCUAAGGAACUGGCCACUCAAAGCUGUCCCAGAUGCUUUCACCUCUCUUUUUAGAACUAAUUUGGGGUACACUCAUGAUCAAGGCCACCACCAUAAUACCUAGCGUAUGGAUUUAUUCUCUCUCUCUCUCUCCCCAGACGCGAAGGACUAGUGAAUCUGCUUUACCUCCGGGAAAUUCUCGUCACGUACGUGGCCUUCCACCAAGGUGAGGAAACUGCUGUACUCGACCCACUUCCAGGAAUCUCACUUGAUGGCAUCAGAUGUCUGCCUGCCAGCUUCCCUGCUCCAUUCACCUCCACCCCUCUAUCCGUUCCUGACACUUUACAGGCCUGCCAUUCAUCAUUUAUAUGGUGCUUUUAAUUUGCCAUGUCCUUUUCAACCCAAAGUGUUUCUCAAAGAGGCGUAGGGCUUUUCUCAAGGCAGUUCAGGGGCGGAACAGACCUUCCCCUCAGGAGGUCUCUUCUAAACAUCCCACAGCCAGCAGUGUAGACCGUGCUAGAUAUAGCGCGUACAUUUUUGCACAAGAAGGAAUGUGCAAAACUCCCUAGACCCACUCUGUAUGCAUCACACUCACGUGUCUAAGCCCACAUGUGUGUCCACCGCUCAUGUGUAUUCAUACACACGCUACCAGGGUUCUUUGGGGCAGGGAAAGCCAGAGCUAUUAAAAUGGUGCUUUAAAUGUAUGCCAUGGAUGUGACCUUAGCACCCUCGCUUUCUACAGAAUCCCAUCAUGAAAAUAUAAAACUGCAGACCCAAAGAUGACAUCCAGACCAAUCUUGCCAAUGCUAUACUUCUGUCAUAGAUCUAGCGUACCAGAGUCUGUGAAGUGUAGAAAUUAAUAAAGGGUAGUACUUAGACAAUAUUUGGAAUAUGAAGGGAGAAUACAAGCUGCAGAACUGUGCCACGCAAUAAAUUCCUGAGCUAGGCUUAUGCGAAACAGCUUAGCUGGGCUAGCUAAGUGCAGAGCCGUGAAAAAACAAUAGGGAGCCAGGGACAAAACCAUUAACUGUCCUUGGCAAUGCAAAAAGCUAUCCUUCCCCCCUGCUCUGAGGAGUGGACAGCGAAAGGAGAUCUGGGAAGUAGCCAAGGUGGCAGGAGCAUGUUGUCACAGGAAAAAGUGUCCUUUUUGAAAUCUAAAGGUGCAGGAGGAAGUAGACAGGAUUCCAGGCCACGAAGGGCAAAACCACCUUGGCAGGCUGGGACAGAGGCACGAGAGGGGCUGCAGGAAACCUUGAACUCCAUGCUUGCUGGCUGGAGGAAGCUGUACUGAGAAACCAGGAGCCAUGACUGACCAUUGCUUUGGACCUCAACUUGCUGAAGCUAUGAGAGGAGCAAUGAGAUACACUCUUGGGGUAGAAUGUUCUGCACCCCUCCAUUGAAGGCUUUAGGUGUAAAUAUGUGUAAAAGAAACCCUAUUUCUUCAUGACACUAGCCUUAAUUUUGCCAACGGAAACACAAUAGCUGGGCAUGUGCCUGGACCCCCUGGAAUCUUGCUACCGCUCGGCAGAGAUUAGGGGUAGCUCACAACCUCUGUAACGAUAGAUUCUUUCUCUGCUUUUAAAGCAGCGCAAGAGUAAACAGGGUUGUUGCAGAGUAAAGGGAUGCAAAGAUGUAGUCAGCAAUGGGUAACUGCAGUAGUGGGCUCAGAUUGUGAUCUUUGGGGAUUCCAACUACACAAGUAUAUCAUUUCCCCCCCUCUGUGAACAGUAGAGGAGCGUGCUCUUCUGGAUUCAUGAUUCUGUGAUAUUUUGAGCUAUUUAUUAUCCCUUUAUUGCAUGACACUUUGCACAUGCCAUGUUUCCCCCCUGAAUGGCUGCAAGGUGGGCUGGCAAUUCCGGGUGUCAACAGCACUUCUUCCCAUAGCUGUCAACUUUCAGAUUUGAAAAUAAGGGAUCAGCAGCCUCACCUGUCCCGGGGACAGUCUACGGGAUAUCUAACAAUCCAGGAAGCAGCAAGAAACAGCGCUGGAAUAAGGGAAUUUCCCGCAAAAAAAGGGAAGGUUGACAACUUCUUCCCUACUGCUGGUUUCUUUCCUCCUCUGCAGACAUCGGAUACUGCCAGGGCAUGAAUGACUUUGCCAGCCGCUUUCUGGAGACCCUGGAAAAUGAGACUGAAGCCUUCUGGUGCUUUGUGGGCUACAUGAGACGUUCAGCGUGGAGUUUCACCACCAUGGGUGUCCGCCGCAAGACACGUGAGAAAGCGGGGAGGGAGAGGAAGAAACACCUCCCCACAUCAUCUGAUGCAAACAUACAUUAUCCUCUCCAGGUUUAAGCACCAGGGAGGAAUGGACUGUUCUGAAAAUUUUCAGGGAAUGUGGAUUGUGGAAAGCGUCAACUGAAUGCUGCCUGUGAUGUCACUCCAAAAAAUCCCAUAGUUAUUUUGCAACUGCCCCCCCCUUUAAAUGCCUUAGAAUUAACAUAUGAAUUGGUAAACUUACAUGUGGCAUAGGGGAAGAGGCACAACCAUUGCUCACCCCGUGUUCCAUUUGCUAGAAUGCAGAUCCGCCAUGCAAAUUGCAAAAUUAGGAAGAAACCUCGCUCACACCAUGCGUGAAGAACCUAGCUGUGGCCUCUCUAGAUAUUGUAACUGUCUUCGGCCAGGGAGAAAGAAAGAUGGGAGUGGGCAGUUAACCAAGCAGUGGAAAGGGACAUUGGGAGAGAGGAGGCAGUGGUGUAGCAUGGGUUGCUGGCAUCCCGGGCAGGCAAGCUGACGCUGACAAUGGAGCAACCCCCCACCAGAGCCAAGAAGGACCAUGCUGCACUGCCUACCUGCACGCACAGGGCGAGCCUGCCUGGCUGACGUGGCCCUUGGUGGACGGAUCACCCUGAAGCCUGCAAAGAGGAGAGCUGGGCUAGUCUAUGCUGAGGUUGCCUGCCUCCCUCCAUCAAUGCCUGCUCACCAUGGGCCUAGGCUGCUCCCACCGCCAACAGGGAGAGGGAAGCAUAUGCACCCCCAAUGCACCCAGGGCAACUGCCCCUCUCACCCCUCCCCCCAACGCUAUGCCACUGAGAGGAGGUAUAUGGUCUCCUGGCUUCUAUUUGCUGGACCAUGUGUAUUAGGUCAGGCAUAGGCAAACUCAGCCCUCCAGAUGUUUUGGAACUACAACUCUCAUCAUCCCUAGCUAACAAGACCAGUGGUCAGGGAUGGUGGGAAUUGUAGUCCCAAAACAUCUGGAGGGCCGAGUUUGCCUAUGCCUGUAUUAGGUCUUAGAUUGAAGGAGAGAGGGUAUUGAUAGGCAGAGCUGUGUGCAAUUAAAAAGAAAAAGACUAUCCUGUGCUAAGAAAAGCUAAAUUCUGCAACCGGAAUAAAGCCAAAGGGCAUACAUUUGCUAAAGAAUCUACUUUGUUCAGCUUUUGCAAGUCAUGGGGAAGAAAAAGAAGCUCCACUCCCCACCCCAGCAAAGUCCACCGGCCUUGGACAUUUUACCAGGCAUUGCUCAUGAUGUGCAUGUAAUGUUUCCUCCAGGUGAGAACACCUCUUUUGACAUGUUGGCAACCUUUGCAAAUCAGGAUCUUUGUCACCACCUGUCCCAGUUUUGUCCCUCUCCAGAGAGCAGUUUGUUGAGGGCAAAGAUGGCAUGGGGACAUGGGGUUGGUUGGUUGAGUGCAUGAUUUGAGGCAUUCUUUUGGCGCUGUGGGUUAAACCACAGGCCCUAGGGCUUGCCAGUCAGAAGGUCGGCGGUUCAAAUCCCCACGACGGGGUGAGCUCCCGUUGCUCAGUCCCUGCUCCUGCCAACCUAGCAGUUUGAAAACACGUCAAAGUGCAAGUAGAUAAAUAGGUACCACUCCGGCGGGAAGCUAAACGGCAUUUCCGUGCGCUGCUCUGGUUCGCCAGAAGCGACUUAGUACUGCUGGCCACAUGACCCGGAAGCUGUACGCAGGCUCCUUUGGCCAGUAAAGCGAGAUGAGUGCCACAACCCCAGACAGUCAGGGGUCCCUUUACCUUUACCUUUCUCCUGCCUGCACAGAAAUCUGUGAGGAGCUUCUGAAACACGUGGACCCAGAACUGUAUGACCACAUCGAGAGUGUGUCCAGUGACAAGCUGCUCUUUUGCCUCAGGUAAAAAAAAAAAUCCCCACCUCCCUACAAACCCUGGACAAGGAGGAAGGAGCAAACUGCAGAGAUCCCCACAGAAGGGAUGGCUCUCAGCCAGCAUGCAGAGGUGACCAAAUUCUGCAACAAGAGCUUGAUUUUGUGACCUGCAUAAAUCAUACAAAUUAAGCCCAUCCUGAAUAAUUGAUUAUGCAGACACAAGUUUUGCAUAAUCAGCAUCUAUGCCUCUAAGAUAUGGAAGCUAGCACCCAUGCAAAGACCUCUUUAAAAUACAAAGCUUUAUCUGUGUGUUUCUUUCCUUAUAUACUAUUCUAGGCCUUCCACUCUUGCUGUCAACUUGUCCAAUACGUAUUUCUUAAUUUCUAGCUCUGAUUACUGGGGCUGGUGGGAAAAAAUACAUGCUGUGCAUGCUCAGAGACAUCACACAUUAAGCGGGACGAAGUGUUCCAAGGGUGCUAGUGCUGAACCCCAGGAGAGUGGUCUGCAUCAGAUUUGACCCAGGCCAAGGAAGGACCUAGAAAUGGGCUAGAGGGGUCUGUAAAGAAGUGGGCUUUUGACAGUGUAAAAUGAAAGGCUAAGACGGUCCAUCACCUCUUGCAACCCUCUAUGUCAGGGGUAGGCAACCUAAGGCCCAGGGGCCGGAUGCGGUCCAAUCGCCUUCUCAAGUCUGGCCCACGGACCGUCCGGGAAUCAGAGUGUUUUUACAUGAGCAGAAUGUGUCCUUUUAUUUAAAAUGCAUCUCUGGGUUAUUUGUGUGGCAUAGGAAUUCAUUCAUUCCCCGCCCAAAAAAAAUAGUCCAGCCCCCCCCACAACGUCUGAGGGACGGUGAACCGGCCCAUGGCUGAAAAAGGUUGCUGACCCCUGCUCUAUGUGCCUCUAUGUCAGGUGGCUGCUGCUACUUUUCCAGAAGGACUUAGACCACUCUGAUGCUGUGAGGGUCCUAGAGAUCAGCGCCUUGGAAUCUGAGAGGAUGAAUUUUGGAGCCUGGAUCUGGCUGACUCGUAGGGAAGGUGAGCUCUGUGCUCUUGGGAAGCAGGUCCCUGGAGGCACGGCAGUAGCAUAAACUGUGUUUCCUCCACCUGGGGACAAGAAUGGUGCACAUCAUUCUGCCAUGUGAGCAUUCUGCUGCCUCCUUUCACUGUGCAUUUAUACCAAGCUAGAAAUGUCUUAGGGAGAAGGAAAUGGUGUUUCUGGGAUCAUCUUUUUUGGCGAUCACUCAUAGCCAAGUAAGAUUGUCUUCCAUAAACACGGUUUUAACAAUGAGUCCGUAAGUGACUGUGGAGGCCAAUUCUGAAUCCACACGUUCUUCCACAAGUGGGGAUAUUGGUUUCCGGGCAGGAGUUGAUCACGGUGUGGAUUUGCCAAUUUCCUCUUAGCAUGUUUCUGGGAUAAACUCUAUUACAAAGCAGGGAAGUAGGUUUCAGCAUACAAUUUAAGGGCAGCAAGUGGUCAGUUAAUUAAUGUUCAUUUAUUUUUGCAAGCCACUGACUCACUCAAAAAAUAUAUAUGCUGAUCUACAGUUUUUAUUACUACAAUUAUCACCAUUUUGGCACCAUUUGUAUUUUCUUGCCUCAGAUUGUCUUUGCAAGUGAAAUACAUCCUUCAGUACAAUUUCAGUGGCAACAUUAGAAAAUGAUCAAAAUGGGAGUCAAAUUCUAAGAGGGAGUCAAAUUGUAAGGUGAUACGAAAUUUUGAAUCGGUGUGAAUCUUUGCUUCAGCUCUAAUGGGAGAGCAGGGAGUUGCUGGUUUCCUCAGAGGGGACUUUAUCAAGGAAAAGCCCCUUUACGUAACCUUGCUCCACAACUCAUCCCCAUCCCCAGGUCCCCCAUCACUGAGUUUUCCUGGUGCCUCACUCCCAAACAACUCCCUGAAUUGGUCUAGGUCCACAAUCCAAAAGAAGUCCUGGAGAAAACAUACAAUAUUCUCUGCCAAUAGGUGAGGAGCCCCUGCCAGGCCCUUUCACAUCUGUAGAUCGGGAGGAAAUCACGUUUGAAGUGCUGCUUUGCAUCGCCGUCCUGAUCAAGAACAGGAGGAAGCUGCUGCAAUACCAGGACGUCAGUGACUUUUACCUGUUUGCACAGAGGUAAGCAACACAGCUACCUAUAAAGUGGAGCUUUAAAGUUCUGGAGAUGCAUGUUGUACUAGUUAAGGGCAGGAGAGGCUGGUGUGCCCAUUUUGACUGGCUAGGGAGACAGACACUAGGUGGGGCCAGAGUCAGGAAACUAAUUCUGCUUAUCUCCAGCUGAAGCAAAGAAAAAGCAGGCAGUGCUCCUCUGUCCCAUUCCUUCCUGGGUAUUCUCCUCACCUGCUGGGCAGCACACUUGGAGACCUUGGAGACACAGUAGGGGCAGACAAUAGAAAGAAACUGGUCUUUUAUGCCACUUCAGCUGGAGAUGUGAAGAGCAAUGUCAGAUGUCCGAGGCAAGAGAUGACAACUUUGAUAUUGUCUACAGAGAUGCUUCUCUGCUGCUGCAUCUGCCUGGCCUUUAAGUGUAAGGACUUAAGAAGAACGUGGCUAGAUCAGAUCACAAGUUCAUCUAGGCUAGCAACAGGAUCCAGCCAAAUGCUUCAUUGCCAAAGAACUGACCGCUUAGCUAGCUGGGUCAUCAUCCUGACCCAGCACUCCUAUGCUUCCAAAAGUGUGGUUCCCAGCAAGUCGUGUGAUAUGAGUUUGCUAUCAAAUGAGGGUAGCUGGGCUGAUGAUUUUGCUACUCUUGGCACAGGUUGCAGGGGAGACUUCAGCUGAACACACUGCAUGGGGAAGAGCGGCGAUAAUGAGUGACCUCUUAAGAGCAGGGAUCUAAAGAGGACUACAAAGAACACCCCACCCCCCCAUGGACUUGAGUGGCCCCUGCAGGAAGAAAUGAGAUCACCAUCUCUUUGGAAGCCAAUCUCCAAUGAAGCUAUAAGCAAUAUCAACCUAGAA